CACCGGUUUUCCAAGUACGAAUUACUUAAUAAAAUCAAGAUGGCGGCGCCCUACAAACGAUGGUGAUUCGAUCAAAUGAUAUUAUUUUGUAUGAAUUUAUCAUAUAAAAUAGGCCAACUGUGCGAGUGAUAUAUGUAAAAUCGAAAUAAACAGUAACAAAGAAGCUAGAAGAGAGAGUAAACAAUGGAGGCAGAGGACAGCAAAAAUCACGAUGCAGACAGAAAGAGGGUGAGAUCUAGGUCAAGGUCACGAGACAGGAAGCGGAAGCGACACAGAUCUCGCAGUAGAGACAGGCAUCGUUCUAGAAGUCGUGACCGGAACAGACACAGAAGUCGAAGUCGGGAGCGGCAACGAAGCCGAAGCAGGGACCGUCACAAGAGAAGACACAAGGACAAGUCUCCAAGUAAAUCGGACAAAGGGGGACUUCUAAAGAAAGAAAAUGAUAAUGAGAAAAAGGACACUGUGAAGAAAGUUCCUCUGUCACUUGAGGAACUACUGGCAAAGAAAAAGGCAGAGGAGGAGGCCCUGAGUAAGCCCAAGUUUUUGACCAAGGAAGAGAGAGCAGCUGAGGCAUUGAAGAGACGACAGGAAGCAGUAGAGGAACAGAGGAAAAAACAAGAGGAGGAGAAAAAGAAACAACUCGAGUUCCUCCAUCAGGGCAGAGAGGAUGAUAGAUAUAGCAGAGACAGACGAGACAGAGAUCGUCGUGAUAGAGAUAGGAGAGAAAGAGAGAGAGAAAGAGAGGAGGGAGAGAAAAACAGUGUCAUAGAAUCCAAAGAUAAGGAGAAGGAACAGGCUGCGAUCAAGGAGAGAUAUCUCGGAAUAAUGAAGAAGAAGCGUCGAAUUCGCCGUUUAAACGACAGGAAGUUUGUUUUUGACUGGGAUGCUGGCGAUGACACAUCGCAAGAUUACAAUGUAUUGUACAAAGAUAAGCAUGCCGUCCAGUUCUUUGGUAGAGGACAUAUAGCGGGAAUAGAUAUCAAGGCACAGAAAAAAGAUCAGUCAAUGUUUUAUGGAGACCUUCUGGAGAAGAGACGUACAGCUGAAGAAAAGGAACAAGAAAAGAAGCAUCAGAAAAAUCUUGCUAAGAAAGAGGCUAAGCAGAAGUGGGAUGAUCGUCACUGGUCCGACAAAGGUUUGGAAGAUAUGACCGAGAGAGACUGGAGAAUCUUUAAGGAGGAUUACAACAUCUCGUGUAAGGGAGGGAGGAUACCUAACCCCUUCCGAUCCUGGAAAGAAUCGGACCUCCUUCCUAAAGAGAUUCUGGAUGUUAUUGAAAAAGUUGGCUACAAGGAACCGACACCAAUUCAGCGACAAGCCAUACCUAUUGGUCUACAGAAUCGGGACAUAAUCGGAGUAGCCGAGACUGGCAGCGGGAAAACGGCAGCCUUCUUACUGCCUCUACUGAAGUGGAUUACCUCACUCCCAAAAUUAGAGAGAUUUGAUGACAAUGACCAAGGCCCAUAUGCUAUAAUCUUGGCCCCAACUCGUGAGUUGGCCCAGCAGAUUGAGGAGGAGACCAUCAAAUUUGGUGAGCACCUAAACAUCCGAACUGUGGCCAUUAUAGGAGGUAUCUCGAGGGAGGAGCAGGGAUUUAAGUUACGACAAGGAUGCGAGAUUGUGAUAGCUACACCCGGUCGUUUGAUUGAUGUUCUGGAGAACCGGUACCUGGUUCUGGCCCAGUGUACCUAUGUAGUAAUGGAUGAAGCCGACAGAAUGAUUGACAUGGGUUUUGAACCAGAUGUGCAGAAAAUUCUAGAAUAUUUACCAGUCUCAAACCAGAAACCGGACACAGAUGACGCUGAAGAUGAUUCGAAAAUGUUACUGAAUUUCAGUUCAAAGAAAAAGUAUCGUCAGACUGUCAUGUUCACGGCUACAAUGCCCCCCGCUGUGGAGAGACUGGCCAGGUCCUAUCUGCGUAGGCCUGCUAUGGUGUACAUAGGAUCUGUAGGCAAACCCACGGAGAGGACAGAACAGAUCGUCUACAUGGUGUCCUCAGCAGAAAAGAGGAAGAAGUUGGUACAUAUCCUGGAACAAGGAAUCGAUCCUCCUAUUAUUAUCUUUGUGAACCAGAAGAAAGGAGCAGAUGUGCUGGCAAAGUCUUUGGAAAAAAUGGGGUACAAUGCUUGCACAUUACAUGGAGGUAAAGGGCAGGAGCAGAGAGAGUUUGCUCUGGCCAGUCUGAAGGGUGGAACCAAAGACAUCCUAGUGGCUACAGAUGUCGCCGGUCGUGGUAUUGACAUCAAGGACGUUUCCGUGGUUAUAAAUUACGACAUGGCUAAAUCCAUCGAGGAUUACACCCAUCGUAUUGGUCGUACUGGACGAGCUGGGAAGACUGGUGUCGCCAUAACAUUCGUGAGCCCAGAUCAUGAUGCCUCCGUGCUGUAUGACCUGAAGCAGACAAUCCUGUUAAGUCCUGUAUCUGUCUGUCCGCCAGAGCUGGCUAAUCACCCUGAUGCUCAAAAUAAACCUGGCACAGUGGUACAGAAAAAACGCAAGGAUGAAACAAUCUUCUUGCAAUAGAUUGUUGUGAAAGUGAAUACUGUUCAUUUUACUGAAAACUGCAGAUUACAUUACAGUUUAGAUAAUCUUUUAUCAAAUAUACCUUUACAUGUCUAUAAUUAUGUGUAAUGCUGUAGUGAAUAAAUGUGUGUCAUGGUG